UAUUUCUUAGACAAAACGAAUAUUAUUUCGAAACGAUUUUCUAAAAAACCUGGCUAGCAUUGAGCAUUAGAAUCAUUAGGUGAUUUCAUUUCGUCAAAAGUCUUUAAGCGAUGUUAACCUUUAACGAAACCGCACAAAUGAAUAGUACAAAAAAUGUUAUUUUAUUGUUUUUUAUGUAUAACAUUGCAGCAGUCUAUUCUAUGGAUGCUGGGGAUAUAAAUGAACUUAAAAAAUGGACACAGACCCUCAAAUCAGCAAGAAUAUUGAAUUCGAGUCUAUUGGUACCAAUACCUCCCGAAUCCUAUAAGAUUUAUAUAAAGGAAUUAUUGGAAGUUAGUAACCCGAAAUUGUCAGAUGAAAUUACGAAUCACCUUGUUAAACACGCCAAUGAAAGUAACUGGCCUAAUGGUAUAUCGACGAAGGAAUUACGAGACAUUAAUAAGGAACAUAUGGACAAGUAUAAGUGUAGACUUAGUCCGCGAAAAAUACAAUCAAGACAGUUAGUAAUCGUGUUGGCAUCAGAAAAUGAAAAGCUGAUACCUGAAGAUAUGACUGCUGUUCCAGCAUUUAUCAUGGUGUUCGAGUUUGGAGGAUUAAUUGCCGUCCAAGAAACAUAUUCACCGGCAUUAGACGGGUUGGAAAUAGAUACAUCGGGAACAGAUGUGUCUCAAAUGACAGAUCUGUCAGAUCUGGCGAAGACCCUGAAACCAGCAACAGUUGUGUUUUGGGGUGGAGUGCGAUCUCCGCUGUACGGGCCUCUUGUUGAAUAUCAAAAUUCCGUACGGGGUGGAUUGGUUAAUUGGCCACCUGAAUUUGUGGAUGAACUUGUUAAAAAAUUGGAUGAAAAAAGCUGGCCUCCUGGACUCGCGGACGGGCUAACAAGGAAAGAUAAUCAGAUUUAUUUGGACAAAUUAAACUGUAGACGUCUUCCGUUUGUAAGAUAUUAUCAGUAUGAAGAAGCAGUAAUCGUGUUCGCUUCUGAUAAUCCAACGAUGUCUGAAGAAUUUAUUGAUAAGAAAGCAUUUGUAAUGUUUUUCUCUAAAGGAUCUACAGUAGAUAAAGAAGUUAUUGUAAUACCUCGCCCUUCUACUGCCAGCUUUCAUAUAAUAUAAUAUGUAAUCAA